GUAGCAAGGAAGUUACAGCAUUUCCAACGAUUUCUCAACCUCGCCGUGUAGCUCUAGAAACAGCCUGAAAAGGUCAGGUGAAACUCAACUAUUCCUAAAUUGUCUGAUAUAACAACACUGACAUGCCUGAUCGCAAGAAGAUCUGCAUCGUUGGAUCCGGCAACUGGCGGCUGAGUUUCCUGGAUUUCAGGAAACUCAGCAACAAAAGGAUGUGAGGAGGCUGAAUCCAUCAAGGGCUCUGCUGUUGCCAUGAUUAUUGGCAAAAAUGCAGCAAAGUCAAACCAUUUUGACCCUAUUGUAAAAAUGUGGGUUUUUGAAGAAAUGAUAAAUGGUAGAAAACUCACAGAUAUAAUAAACACAGACCACGAAAAUGUUAAGUACUUGCCAGGUUAUAAGCUUCCAGAAAAUGUGAUCGCUGUGCCAAACAUCACUGAAGCUUCAGAUGGAGCAGAUAUAUUUGUCUUUGUUUUACCCCAUCAGUUCAUUGCGUCACUUUGUGAUAAAAUGAAAAAUCAUGUGAAGGCUGAUGCAAUUGGAAUUUCACUAAUAAAGGGAAUUGAUGAAGGUCCUGAUGGCCUUAAGUUAAUAUCACAUAUAAUUCAAGAAAAACUUGGCAUUGAAAUGUCUGUACUGAUGGGUGCCAACAUUGCUAAAGAGGUAGCAGAUGAAAAAUUCUGUGAGACAACAAUUGGAUCCAAAAAUAAAACUCAUGGAGAGAUCCUCAAGGAGCUGAUGCAGACCCCAAAUUUCAGAAUUACUGUAGUAGCGGAAUGUGACACUGUCGAAUUAUGUGGAGCAUUGAAAAAUAUUGUGGCUGUUGGUGCUGGAUUCUGUGAUGGGCUUGGUUAUGGUGACAAUACUAAAGCUGCUGUUAUCCGCUUGGGAUUGAUGGAAAUGUUAUCUUUUGCCAAAUUAUUUUGUAAAGGACCAGUUACAUCAGCCACCUUCCUGGAGAGUUGCGGAGUUGCUGAUCUUGUUACAACUUGCUAUGGAGGGCGCAACAGAAAAGUAGCAGAAGCAUUUGUGAAAACUGGAAAAUCCAUUGAGGAGUUGGAAAAAGAGUUGCUGAAUGGGCAGAAGUUGCAAGGUCCUCAGACUUCAGCUGAAGUUUACAAAAUACUUGCACAGAAGAACUUAGUGAAUGAAUUUCCACUAUUUGCUGCAGUUUAUCAAAUCUGCUAUGAGUGCAGACCAGUCAGAGACUUCAUUACAUGCCUUCAGAACCACCCAGAACAUAUGUAACUUGAACCAACUCAUGCAAGUCCAUGUUAUAAUCGCAAUCUUUUUCAAUUUUUUGCAGCCAAAGUAUAGAAACAGGUUAUUUCAGUAGCCUUAUUUUAAAUUUAUCAUUUUGAUAAGGUGAUCUUUUAAUAGGCUUUUUUGUGAAACUUAAUGAAAAUCGAUUUCCAUAUUCCACAAUAAUUCUUCAUUUGAACUAGGGAAAUGUAGCUUUUAUAUGUGCUUAUGAAAACUCGUUGCAAGCUCUAGAACGCUUAUUGAUGUUUCAACAACAUCUUCAAUCAUUCCCUACUUUUAUAAAUGCAAUUUUUCAGCAUGUUUCUUCUGUUGCCUUAACUUUUAUAUUAAUAAAUGCUGGCCUUAGAUCAUGAAGCAAAUGUUGGUCAUCCAGUUCUGUUUCAUUCAGCAAUGAGUGUUGAUUCUAACUGAAGAUUUUAGGGUUAUGGGAAUUGACUGCACAUGGUAGCCCUUGGUUCAAUAAAAUGGACUGAUUAAAGAUAAUGUUUACAUUGAAGACAAAUUUGAAUUUUAUGCCUAAGAAAUAUUUUAGUGUAAUUGUUUUUGAAAAUAUAUCUUGCUCAUUGUCAUGCUUGGCUUCACACAAAUGAAGCACUAGAAUUUUUAAAAAACAUAAUGCAAUUAACAGUAAGUGUUUACAGAGACUUGUGUGCAUAGAAAAACACUAACUUUUAAAAAUAAAUCAGUUCAAUAGUCAACAUAGAAAUGUUGUGGUUAGGUAAAUAUGAUGAGAUAUUAAUAGUGGAGAAAAUCCAACUUUGCCUUGAAUGUGAUGUAAAAACUGGAUAAUUUUGUAACUAAUUAUAUUUCAAUCACAAUAAAAUAUUUGUAAUAAUA